AUGGCUACUCAUCCUGCCAGUCCACCUCAUCCCCCAAUAUACCUCCCGCCGCCCCAACUUCAGUCUCCCUCCGCCCGCUCCCCGUCUCCAAGUCGAAUAGCAGUACCAGACUACCAGUCGAUCGAUCCACUCCUGGGGAAGUUAUCCCCCGAAGCCACUCUCCAAGCCUUGACCUCGGCCGACGCGGUCCCGACGAACGAAAGGGGCGCCCACGAUAUCCUCGCUCGGAGUAUUUCCCAAGUCUCACCCGCAGAACGCGCCCUCGGUAUUCGAGCCGCCAUCGUCGCGCAGAAACUCGGACUGUGGUACCGCGAACUCCAGGGCUGGCAAUGGCCGAAAGGCACCGAUGCUCACUUAGGAAAGGGAUUCAUCUCUCCUCCCGUCGAGACCGAGAGCGCGGAACAGGAAUACUAUGGGAGUCUCCCUGCGGCCGUCGUUGCACAGCAUGAAAAACGUAUUGAGGAGAUCCGGGAUGAACUCGAGAAUCUAAAUGUCGAUGAACUCAAAGAACACGUGCUCAGUGCCCACAUUCCAGCCCGGUCUCGACCUUCGUCAUCCAACAGCACCGUGUCGACGCCCCCUCCGCUCAGUUAUGUUCAAUUGAGUGACUUUACCGCCGUCAUCACGGCCACGAUCCUGCGCGCCCUUCCCCUUCUGUCCCGUCUGAAUAGCCUCCUUUCUGUCUGGGAUGUUCGAUUGUUGGUCCUCCGCCAGAUCCCUGGACUACUUCGGGGCCUCCGCCUGGCCCGUUCCGAAUUGAGCUCCGCGAUGGACCUGCUGAAUUCCAGCGAUGCGCCCACCGAAACGGACCCUUUGUAUUCGAGAGCGAACUACCAUGUCAAGCGCACCGCAUUAGAAACCACCGUUAUUUCGGCUGGUAGGCGCAUGGAUCGGAUCCUCGACUCGUUGGAAGGACGUGAAGACUCGUUGCCUGAAGCGUGGAUCGACGACUUGGAAACCGUCGAGUCGGAAUUUGGAUCAUGGGUCAUGGAGGCUGAGAAACGCAGUGUCCAGAAUGAAUGGCGACGCGCGAUGACAACCAAACAACAGAAAGCGACAGCACCCGAACUCGAGCCUAUCAAAACAGAUUCACUGCCCGAAGAAUCUGCCAGUGCAGAUGUCUUGAUCUCAGCCGGUUUCCUCCCAUCCGACAUCACACGCCCGCAUUCAAUGGAAACGAUAGAAGAGGAGCCACACAGUCCACUGAAAGCCGUUGCUGCGGAUCUCCCCAGCCUUGAUCGACCCUCUAUCGUCCUGACAAGUAUUGAAGCCACUACUUCUGAAGUACCUGGCGCCGUCUCAUCUGAAGGCGUGGGGUCGAGUACUCUUGACCCACCCCUCGACACCAAGGCGGAUGAAUGCGACGUCCAAGCCACUACGGCAAGCCCAGUUGAAACCGAGUACCCAGAAACUUCCGAAACAAGGGAAGAUUUGCCGUCUAGCAGUGAAGCAGGCGAUUCCGAACCAGCUUCAUAUGUGCGCGAAGAAUCGGAUGGCGCGGCCAGCCCUCAAUCCACCAAUCUGCCUGCAGAAGAGCAUUCUCCAUUGCAAGAAAAACCGGCCGCGCAACUUGAUGACGAUGAAUCUCACAACUCUGUGCCGUCUGUUUGUGCUCAACAUGGAACAUCAGAAACGGAGGGCGAGACGCUCCGUGCUGGAUCUCCGUGCCAUUCCCUAUCAUCUGCAGAUGCUCCUUUCCCUGAACCGUCGUCGGGACCUGAGCUGGUACCUGAGCUAGACCCUGAGCAAGAUGCUUCGCCUCCGAAAGAUAUUGACGCAGGCAAAUCUAUUCCAGUCCAGGAGGUAUCCAAACCUGGUGAGGUGGAAACACCGAAAGGAUCAACUGCGCUUUCUCCUGAGAAUGAGAGUUCUCCCCACCCCUCGGCUUCAUUGAACCAAAGAGAUACGCAGCUUACUACUACUGACGUUGCUGCUGUGUCUCCGGUUUAUGGCAACGAUCUUUCUACGUCUCAGUCAAGCGCCCCAUCAGAAGAUUCGUCCAAGUCUAAUCUAUCGGACGAAGAGGAGAAAGCAGUGUCUUCACUUUCCAAUACACCCGGAGAGUCCGAUGAACCUCAACCUCCCAAGCGGCCUUUGGAGAGUCCCAUAAAGCUCUCUAAAGGGGUAUCGGCACGCCCACACUCUGAGAGGGACGAUACAAGACCUCACGCUCGUCGGUCGUCUAUUGCAUCUGCGGCAUCCUACUCCGACUACCCGUCGCUCAUAUCGAGUCCGGAAUUCCAUGGACCGCGCACAACCACAUCAACGAAUGAAACACCAUUACCCUUGGAGACACCCCCUCAGGUCCGAUUAAAGUGUGAGCCGACCGAUCCUACCCCUUCAAAUAAUCAUACCUUGCGCGCAGACCGUCUUCUGGGCCUAGACAAAGAUGUGACGCCUCCACGAACCGCAUUGAAGCAUAACCGAGCUCUGAGCCUUCCCUUGCAGCGCUUUAUCAAUGAGCGACUUGAUUUGGACUACGAGAACGAGAACAACCCCAGUGUGGAGAGCGCCACAGCCGACAAACGUCCAAGAGAUGUAUCUCAACCAACGAGGCUAAGUUCUCGGCCAGCCUCUGCUCCACGAUCACUGAAGAAAAGCCGACAGCCUGCGCCGGCUAAUAAUACUCGUCCGCAUAGUCCGAUACAGCGGAUGGAACCGCCUCUAGAAGGAAGCCCUGUGAUUGAAUCGGAGGUCGGAAAGCCUGACCGCACAAACCAAUGGAAACAUAACGAAACUGCUGGCCAGGAGAGGAUGUCAAGUCACCCUCAUCUUGAGCAACCCAUCCACAUCGCAGCUGCCCGCUUGAGACGGCAAUUAGCCUCGCAUCCCAGCCUUGAAGACAUCGGGGGACAUAAAUCUUUUGCAGAGGAACCACAUUCGAGGUCUGUGGCCAGGAACUCGUCCCGACCAUCGUCUCGGAGCAAUCGGCCGAAAAAGCCUAAGGACCAGAUGGAUGAGAAAAUCAGCUCCAUCCUGACGAGCAUCCCAGGCAACAUCUCCCUGAUGCAAGCCGAGGAUUCAGAGCAGGAGACAUCCUCUGUGGCGUCCUUUCCUUUCAAACCUAGAGAGCUUCGCACAGCAUCACGGAGUCGAGCAUCAUCGCGCAGCGGCACCCCCGGUCCAGGCUUGACCAUCACGCCUGCUCCCUCUCGCCGGAGGCAUUCCCACGCCCCGGGCGCCAAUGAAAUGAAGGUAUAUCACCUCCAUGGGGGCGACAAGCCUGUUAAGCUCGCAUGUCGUACCGUUGGCAGAGAUGGAGAGCGUGUCAUGGCACGCAUUGGUGGUGGUUGGUCCGACCUCGCCGAGUAUCUGACGGUAUAUGCUAUGCAUCACCGGAGUCGACAUUUCGCCGAGGCUCCCCGCGUCGAAGUACAGGAGCUGUCCUCUCGCGAAACCACGCCGUCAUAUGUAUCACCUGCUAUCAGGGUGCCUUCCGGGAAUGGAAGAAACACUCCAUCUCGGCCUCAAUCAGUUUUGAGCAAUCGACCACCCUCCUCGCUCGCUGUUCGCAAACCCCGACGCUCUUCAAACGCAUCUGAUGUAGCUGGAUUCAGGGCUGUCAGUGCUGGUGCAGCUCUAAACUCCUCGGGUACCCCGUUGUCGACAGUGUCGUCACGUAGACGCCUUUCAGUUUCGUCCAAUACCUCCGCGGGCGCGGCAUCGUCUGCAAACUUCUCACCCUCAACCACAAUCGGCGGUACCUCUCCCACCAUCCCACUGGGGCUCGCCGGGCCCAAACCGAGGUCCCGGCGUAUCUCGAUGACGCCGGAGAGUGAAGCCUGGGUGGAAGAUGUCCUCGGCCAAGCACGACGGAGCGCAUCUUUGCGGCCGCAUCCCGUCACCCAGGACCAGGAAUCCACCGGGCGUCGAACACCGGCUCUCGCCAAAUCUCGAAGCAUCAAUGAUAUCGGUGCGGCAGGUUCCAGCAGACGAGUUGUUCUGCGUGGACUUGGAAGCCGCUUAAACUGA